AUGAACAACUUAGAUUAUUUCAAACAAGAACAGGAAGAAGUUACUUGUUGGUCCUCCUCUUCACCUUCGGAGGCAUCUAUUCCACAUUCUCCUUCUGACCCCGACUUUAACGUUUAUCACGUGCCUAGAGGAUUUGACGUUGUCUUAGUUCCUAUGAAGUUUGAAGAACAAUCAGAAAUCAAUACUCAAAAUGCCAAUUCAUCUACUCCUCUUAACCAAUCAACGACAGAUGUUUCAAAUACCACUACCUUUUCAUCCACAACUAAACCUGCUGAUAAAAAUUAUAUUCCCCGACCUAAAAAUUGUUUCAUGGCAUAUCGUGAACAUAUAAAGGAAAAAUUUUUAGCCGAAAACCCUGGAAUGAACAAUAAAGUUGUAUCAGUACUUGCUGCUAACAUGUGGAAUAAUGAACCUGAAGAUAUUAAAGAAUACUGGAGAGAACGUGCAAAACAACUUAAGCAAGAACACAAAUUAAAAUAUCCCGAUUAUAAAUUCAAACCUCAAAAGAAAAAGCAAAACUUAAAAACUCCUGGUGGAACAAAAUCAACAACAAAAGUGAAUGGUCGUAAUAAGAAGACUACUACAGAUUCUAAAAUCAUUUUUGCUGAUGGUUACGGUUCAGAAUUAUUAGUUGAUAGUGAUGAUGGUAAACACAUUUAUGAUGGGAAACAUAUUUAUCCAAUGGGAUUGGAAGGUGGUGAAGAUCAAGAGGAAAUUUAUUUAACACAUAUACAAAAGAAAGCACUUUUUGGUCAUUAUCGAGCUUCAUCUGUAGAUUCUGUUAGUUCUUGGACAAGUGAUUCCUCAACAUCUACUCCAUUACUUUCACCUUUUGUCGGAUCACCUGCUUCAUUUUCUCCUCCUCAUUUAGGAAGAUCAUCCGCAUUACGAUAUGAAGCUGGUCAUACUCCCAAUACCGAAAAUCCUCAAGGCAAUUUGAUGUUAUCUACUCAUAAUAAUAAUUUGUCUUCUUCUUCACCACAACAGCAACAAACAAUGUUUAACGAUGUAGAACAGUUGAAUCAUUUAUAUAAUAAUCAAUUGGAUAUUAAUGCUCGUGCAACUUUACCUGUUGAUGACGGAUUUGUUCUUGAUUCAUCAUCAUAUGAAUGUCCAUCAACAUCUCCUCCACCAUUCUUUAAUUGUUCCUCACCAUCAGGUGAAAUGUCAUCAACUGAUUAUGAAUUGAUGGCUAUGGGACAUUAUACUUCUUCACCAUUAGAAGAAGAGGAAGGAUUUUUCCGUGAUUAUGAUUCUGCUGAGCCUACUACUGCUUAUCAUCAAAAUGUAUUUAAUUCUUCAUUUGACCUUUCAGAAACAUCACCAUCACUUUCACAGCAUUAUGCGCUUGCUCUUGAAACUCCUCGACGAAAUUCUCAACAACUUUUGGCUGAUUUCCAACAUGGCCUUAAACAACAAGAAAUGAUGUUACAAGAAUUGUUAUAA